AUGCACCCCCCUCUCCGGGAUUUCUGGGAUGUGAUGGAGGACAGAAGGAAGCGGGCUGAGGACAUCCUGCUGGAGGGCGUCCACGACAGGGAGCCCCACUUCCUCGUGGGCUAUGCCAGGAACCUGGAAGCCUUGGAGUUCAUUCUUGGUGCAGGAUGCCUGGUUUGGGCAAAGUCCUCCAAGCACUUGAAAGAGCUCCUUGUUUUGCCCAUCGUGUGCUGCCAGCGCCGCUUCCUGCUUCAGCCAGCCUCCAGUCUCUCCCUGCAGAUGCUGCUGCUGUGGACAACAGCUCCAGAGGACUGGCAGGAUCUUGAGAGCUUUGUCUACAAGCUCUUGGAGAUCCUCUGUCUGGCCACUUGGCACCUGCCCCACUUCCUGCUCCUAGAGAAGGAUCUCUUUCAAAGAGAGGUCCUGUCCCUCACCUCCCCUUACCAUAAGGUGCAGAGCUUCACCUGGGAGCCCCUGAUGUUCCUCCACUUCCAUUUUGGCCUCUCUGUAUGCAUCAACAGCUGGCAGGCAGACCCCUGCACCCACGCCCUCCUUCAGCUCCCUGCCAAGGAUGGCUGCUACUGGGACACAGCCUACUUUGACAUCCUGCUCAACCAGCUCCUCUGGGAGAGCUAG